AGUUCAUUUCUUCAGAGGGGGCACACAGUGUUUUCAUUGAAGAUGCAGUUCAUGCUUCUGUUCAGUCGACAAGGCAAGCUCAGGCUUCAGAAAUGGUACGUGCCUUUGUCUGAUAAGGAGAAAAAGAAGAUCACCAGAGAGUUGGUGCAGACGGUCCUGGCUCGAAAGCCUAAAAUGUGCAGCUUUCUUGAGUGGAGGGACCUCAAGGUUGUGUACAAGAGAUAUGCCAGCCUGUACUUCUGCUGUGCCAUCGAGGACCAGGACAACGAGCUCAUCACACUGGAGAUCAUCCACAGAUAUGUGGAGCUGCUGGAUAAAUACUUUGGCAGUGUGUGCGAGUUAGACAUAAUUUUCAACUUUGAGAAGGCCUACUUCAUUCUGGAUGAGUUUUUGCUGGGUGGGGAAGCUCAGGAGACAUCCAAAAAGAAUGUGUUGAAGGCCAUUGAGCAGGCUGACCUGCUACAGGAGGACGCAGAGACCCCACGCAGCGUACUGGAGGAAAUUGGACUGACAUAAAAUGGCCCUCGUCAUCACCAUCCACUCACCACAAACUCCUUCCUUUGCCAGCUACUCUGCUGUAUGUUUCCGAUACCAACCCCAGUUCACAUUUUAUCACAUGCACGCUCACAAUCACACACACAUGCAUGGUUUUCUUCUGCAUCUGUGCUCCACAACUUUCCACACCGAUGCUUUUGUUUUCUCCUUUUAUAUUCUGUGACAAACAAUGUAGCACUGUUUGUCUAUUUUCUACUGAGUUAUAUGUGUGUACAGUAUGAUGACAGUAACUGUUAUUGUACCAAGGGAAAAUGUAGCAUCAUUAAGUUAUUUUUUUUGCUGCUUUUCAGUCCACAUCAUAUGGUUUAUGGUUUGUGGUCCACAUGAAGAUGCUGUACUGAGUUAACUACUUGAUUUAGAUUUGACCAUAUUCAAUCACUGUAUUAUUUGAAAUAGAUUUUAUGAUUUCAGAAGUAUUUCUGAAUUACAAAUGUGUUAGACCCAAAGAACAUGUUAUAUUGUAAAGGGAAGUCACACGUGUUACAUUUACAGAACCAAAGAGGUAUUUUUCAUAGUAAGCAUUGCAUUGUGAUCAUCACAAUCUUAGACAUUAACCAUAGUUUCAAACAUAUUAAGCAUUUAAAAGUGACCCACUGUACUUACACUGUAAUGCACUGCUGCAGUUUAAAGUGAAAUCACUGUGGAUGAACUGGCUUGAGAAUAGAAAGUGUUGUAUGUCAUAUAAUGAGGGCCUGUGAUUGUUUGAUAUAGUAGUUUCUAUACAGGUUCACACCUCAUGUUGAAUGCCUUAAUCUCUUGAAUGAUGGAUAUCUAUUCAUUUGAAGUGAGAUAAACUGUUAAUGCCCCAUUAUCAUAUCAUUUGCAUGUCAAUACAUUGAGUUUGAUUUAUUGAUGUAUUAUGUGCAAGAACUAAAUUGACUGUUGAAAUUUCUUCAUGUUCUUCUCCUUUUAGAUUGUUUGUGAUGAAAACAUUUCAGUGAUUGAUGUUGUAGUAUUCCAGUCACUUCAAAUAUCUAAUCAGUAUUGUUGAGGCAGAAUUAAAGCUUUUAAAGCUGCAUUAGUCGAUUUUCAACCACUAGAUGGCAGAAGAACUCCAAUGCAAGUUGACAUACACAGAGCAUCGAAAUAUUACCGCCUUAAUACGUUGUUAGCAAAUCAAAAACAAAACAAAAAUUCCAGCAAACAAUGACCUACUUUACAUUUUCAUCAGAUAUGGAGCACCAUCAUCAUCCCAUUGCGGUGAUGUUUCUGACCAUCUGCUGUAGUCUAUAACAUUCACAGUCCUUUAACUCUAGCACUGCAGAGCUGCAGGGUUGUAGGUGCUCUUUGGGUUCCUUACUAUGAGUAACCCUUUUUAUACCUAAAUAUAUUCACGGAUACAUGAUUUAAUGUUAAUUUAAAACAGUUGGAUUAAUGCAGCUUUAACUUUACACUUAAGUUUCAGAUGGGAUGUCAUUAUCAUCUUAGUGUUUUUCCGAGAUGGAUAAAAUGGCAGUAUAUCAAUCUCUCCUGCCCUCUUUGUCUAUACUCUGAGGUAAACAGUGUUUUUCAUUUAAUAACAAACCUGUGUCAAUCACACAAAACUCUGACCAGCGCAACAAUUUAAAGCCGAGGCACCUGAGUAUUUGACUUUAAAUCACACCUAACAUCCACCCACACAGGUGCUUAUAGGCACAACAAGUUCAGACCUUUAUUUCUCAAUAGCACAUUAGUUUGUUGACCUUACGUAAUUCUCAGCAUAGCACCACCCAACUACAACCUCUUCAGCUCAUCAAGAAGAAUUGAAAACAACUUUUAAAAAACUGUUUCACUGUCUAUCUCAAAUUGGUAAUGCUCAAAACAAAGUAGCUUUGACCACUGACAGCCACAUGUGACCUACUGUACAGCAUACAAACUACCUGUUUACUACUGUGACUCUGAAAAAAGGUAGUUAAAACUUGAAUGAUUAAAACAGCAAUGGUGUCAGUGAUUUCCAGCCACUUAGAUGAGUAAUUAAAAAUAAUGGAAACUUAGUAAACCUCAAAAAUGCCUCGUACACAGGACUGUACAAACAUGAACUGGAAUUCUGUGUGUAUUUUAUCUUCUCUUGAACAUUGUGUACAUUUUUAAAAGCUGGUGUUGUAAAAACCAAAACCAAAAUGUUUAUAUAUAUAUAAAUAUAUAUACAUUCACUUUUUGUUUUUUCCUUUUUUGCAACAUCUGUAUAUCACAGUUGAAAUAUUAAAAUCUUCCUAUUCUAACUUUUGUAUUAUUUUCAAUGGGCAUUUUCAUGUAUAAUGUAUGCAGUAUGUGAUAUGCUGUAUCUCAGUUGUGUGACUGAUAGAAUCUAUGCCGUUCUAUACUGUGAGCUAAAUUUACAGUGGCUUAAGCAUGAAUGCAGUGCAACCUGUUUAUUACAUUAUUGGACUUGUGUUUUCCAGAGGAUGAAUAGUGUAGUCUGCUGGCACAGUGGCUGCAAUUGGCAAAGGAGGAAGAUUGUGUUUUCCUGUGUCAAGUUCAGCAAUAAAGAGUAAUCUGGGGCAGAGAGCCUGUACUGUCA